AUGCUUUGCGCGACAAAACAUUUUGCUAAAGCUUUCUGGCCGCUUGCAACGCGUAUCGCUGUGAAGGAAACUUUGUUAAAAAAGUACAAAUGUCCAUCUAAUCUGAAAACCUUCACAUACCAAAUCAUCCCUGAUCGAAACAUUACCUCAAUUAAGAAUGAACUCUCAUUAGCAUUUAAAUCACUCGAAUCCAGAAGAAAUGAAAAUUCUAUUCAAAAUUCUAGUGAAUCUAGAUUAAAGUUUAAUUUUCUAAAGGAUUGUCAAAGAGCAUUUUCUUUUCGUCGAAAAGACAAACCGAAAGGCUACAAGAAGCGAAUACCUAAGCUUAUACUAAUACAAAAUCCGUUCAGUUGGUUGAUGGUUAAAAUAGACUUCAGUGUGUUGAGACAUGUUUGGGACCCUGCGUUUAAGGAAAAAGAGUUUAAGUUUGCUACAAAACAGGCAAUAUCUCGCGUCACAGAGGUGAUAAGCCAUGGACAGUUAGAAGAAUUAAAUGGUUUGCUUACGAAAGCUGCUCGUUUAAGUCUGCUGAGAGAACUAGAUCUCAAUUGGGGUGAAAAGCAACGUCGUUUAUUAGCUUUAAAAAAAGAAGAUAUACAAAUAUCGUCACCAAGAAAAGUGUAUUUUAUAAGGAUAGCUGAUAAAAAAUUUUGCGACGUGGAUAUGGCAUUUUUAGCAUUAAAAUGGGCUCCUAUAAAUAACAUAGAUGCACUGAUCUUCACAGAAAUAUUUGCUCGAUUUCAUCGAGAAUAUACACCACAUUGUAUACCUGAAUGGACCAUAGCAUAUUUUAAAGUAACAAGAUUUGAAGUUUUAAGACGAUAG